GGGUUUGGGGUAAAGGAGAAUUAACUGGACGGGGCGGACCUCAGACUGCCAUGCAGCUGGGACAAAGUCAUGGCCAGUCCAGCUGGGAGCUCCUGAGCAGACUGAUAGAUAGAGGAGUCCCGAGUUGGGUAGAAAGAGCCAGACCUGUGCUGAGUCAUUGGCUGGGGGCUGCCUGGGACCAGGGUGGCCUUUGCCCCAAACUUGAGGUGGCAGGAGAUUGUCCGCUGGGCACUCCUCAAGGAUGGCUGGCAAGUUCUCUCUUUUGAAUGAAAGUUCAGGCAGUGCCUCUGCAGCCGCAGAGCGGGGCGGGGCCCAGAGUCACCCCCACCGCGGAGACGGCCUCUCCCCUCUGGCUGCCCAGCAUGCUCGCCCUCUGGAGAGCCCUGGGUUCCUCUCCUUUAGUCCCCCGCCCCCCAUGGCCAGGGAGGCCGGAGGACACCCCACAGCAACACUAGCACAGUGUGGACUCCCAGGCAGCUCCCCGCUGUGCAGCCUCAGGCUCAUUCCUUAACUUUGCUGGGCUGGGUCACCUCAUUUUUAAAACAGAGAGCAGAGAGUAGUUACGUGGAUGCUCUUCCCUGUAAGAUGAGGAAAGUGAGAAAGGACGGGCAAAGGGCCCUUCCCAGGAGGCAGCCCCAGGUGGGGAGGGGUUCUGCCUCCCUCCGGACCCCAGCUGCUUUCCAAAGUGGCUUCAGGGGCUUCAGGUCCCUCCUCUUUCUUUUGCAGAAAACGCACCGUUUCAUUUACUACUCUGACACUGGCUGGGCCGUGGGGGCCGAGGAGUCUGACUUUGAAGGCUGGGCCUUCCCCUUCCCCGGUGUGACGCUGAUAGAGGAUUUUGUGACCCGGGAGGAGGAAGCUGAGAUGGUGCAGCUGAUGGACCGGGAGCCUUGGAAGCUCUCCCAGUCUGGACGGAGGAAGCAGGACUAUGGCCCCAAAGUCAACUUCCGGAAACAGAAGCUCAAGACCGCCGGCUUCAGAGGCCUCCCCAGCUUCAGCCGGGACGUGGUACGGAGGAUGGGCCUGUACCCCAUCCUGGAGGACUUCCGGCCCGUGGAGCAGUGUAACCUGGACUACUGCCCCGAGCGGGGCUCGGCCAUCGACCCCCACCUGGAUGACGCCUGGUUGUGGGGGGAGCGGCUGGUGAGCCUCAACCUCCUGUCCUCGACCGUGCUGUCCAUGUCCCGGGAGGCGCCCGGCAGCCUGCUGCUCUGUCUGGCCCCUUCUGGCUUCCCGGAGGCCUUGGUGGAAGGGGUGAUGGCCCCCAGCAGGUCCGUCCUGUGCCAGGAGGUGGAGGUGGCCGUCCCCGUACCCCGCCGCUCCCUGCUCGUGCUCACGGGCGCCGCGCGGCACCAGUGGAAGCACGCCAUCCACCGCAGACACGUCGAGGCCCGCCGCGUCUGCGCCACCUUCAGGGAGCUGUCGGCCGAGUUCUGUCCCGGCGGGCGGCAGCAAGAACUGGGGCAGGAGCUCCUGCAGAUCUCGCUCUCCUUUCAGGGGAGACCUAUGUGAGCCACCUCCCUGGGGACGGGAGCUGGGGUCGGGCCUGGCCAGGGCGCCAGCUCCGGGCCUGACUGUCUGCCAAGAUUUGAGGCCGGGAAGCCCGGCACGGGGGGCUUUCUCCCCAGCUUAGUAGCUUUUAAGAGAAGACUGCUCAGCACCCUGACACGACCACGGUGUGGGCCCUGCCUGGGAGCCAGAUGGGAUGGAACCGGGCCUUGGGUCAGUCCUGUCUGACCUACCCCAUGGCCGCCUGUGUGGCCGGCUUGCCACAGUUGGAGGGCAGUGGGGUCAUUUGAGCUUAAACACGUUGGUACCACCUAAAAACGUUUUCUCCUUUAUCCCUCUCUCAAUGAAGUUCCCUGAUAACCCCA